AUGUCAACAAAAAGUGACUAUGAACGUGCGAGGGGUGGUAAGCUGAAGCUCAAGGGGAAUAAAACACUAUUCAAAGCAGAUAAAACGAAGAGAAAAAAGACCGUCAAAAACACUGAGAAGCAAAUAGAUCCAGAUAUAACUGCUCAUGGUGGUUGGCGUCGAAUCAAAGAAGAAAGUGAAUUGACCGGUGGUAUAAGCAUUGCACUGGAGUGUGGUAAUGGUUCUAACUGUUAUCUGGCUGCGUUGGACAACGGUCGAUUCACGAUUGGUGGGCCGCAUUUGAACGGGGAAUCACCAAAUCCUGAGGAGGUGGGUGUGCUUAUUAUUGAGUUCUAG